AAACGCACAAGAACAACUGCGAGGGUCCAUACCAAGACCGAAACACCAGCGGAAAGCUGCUUCUAGUGGCUCAAGUCGUGAUGUGGACUACAACAGGAAGCGCACUGCGAGGGAGAGGGCACGUCGAAAAGCCUUGAAGAAGGAGAAGCGAAAACAAGGUUGUCGCUCAACCUAUUCUAAUAUAUCCAGAAACCGUUCUAGAAGAAGAUCAAAGCAUAGAAGAAGAUCCAGGUCACAGCAAAGAAGCAGACCUACUAAAUCCUGUAGUAGAAGAAACAGUAGAAUUAAACCUCGUCGAUCUUCCUUCUCGUCGAGGCAUCGCCGGCCUAGGCGACGGCGGAAAAGCAGCAGGAGCCGAAAAAGGUCUCGCUCUCCCUUCUCCUCAGGCAGUGGAUCGCCCUCGCGAUCUUCAUCCCCCUUCGCAUCGAAACAUCAACGACCCAGGCGAGGAAGAAGGAGCAACAGCAGAAGGGCAUCACGACGUCGGAGCAGGAGAUGGUAGGAGGACGAUGAGCGCAUCUGGUAGGAGGUGGAGUAGGCGCAUCUUCUAAGUAGAAGUUGUACUACGCCGUCGCCCGCUAGGUAAAUCGCAACAUGGAGUCAUAUUUAAUGCAGAAAAGAAAAGAAUCGAACAUGGAGUCAUAUACUAGAAAAUAUCGCUGCUGAGCAGCUUCUUUGAUGAGUAUCAUGCAUACUCAAAUCAGAAUUCUAAAAACUUAAACUAUCCCAUACUACAUAUUUAUUUCAUUCUUGUUCAACAUUUUUCAGUGGCUGUCCCCUCAGAGGUGUAUCGUUCUCCCAAAGUUGGAAACGAUACACAUCAGAAUUCCUAUCAUACAUCAAAUACUAGAGAUACUUAAUUACUAGGGAAGUUGCUCCUCUGGACCCCACGUGGCAAAUAUAGUGGGCUAGGAAGUUCCUCCUUACUGCAACAA